AUGGCUUCUGGCUCGUUCUGUGUAAUCCGAUCAUCCUGCACGCCUGUGUCUCACACUUCGUCUUCGGGAGUAAUUGAAAAGCUCACCGCGCGUGUUUUGCAGAAUCUUCUUAUAUGUGUCAUCCUCUUCUACACCAUGUACUAUGCAGUUCUGGGCAUGUGCUGCAUGAUGUUCAAGGUGUAUGAGUUGGAUGUCCUGGCACCAUUUGAUUUCAAAACAAACCCCUCAUGGCUCAACACAAAUUAUAAAGUUCUUCUAGUCUCAACACAGGUCACCUACUUUGUUUGCGGAUUGCUUUUCGUUCUGGUUGUAGAAGAAUGGGUCUGGGAUUAUGCUAUUUCAGUCACUAUUCUUCAUGUUGUCAUCACUUCCACUGUUAUGUUGGAGUUCCCCUUGACAUCACGUUGGCGGGCUGCUUUAGGUAUAUAUGCAUGA